UUCAACAUUACAAGGAAUACGUAAUAGUUGGGCACGCACCUAGGUAAAUUUUUUGGGUAAAUUCUCGCAGCCAAAAUGCAGGACAUACGUUUACGCGUCGAGCAGCCCAUGUCGCAUGUCUCGCCCACACAAGGACGACGUCCCAUACACUUACUGCCACAAAUUAGCUUAAGUUGCAAUGAACCGCCUUUGGAAGCACACCACCACCUUCAACCCGGUCAACUGGCCGUGCCGCGCUCACCCAGCUCGGAGGAGGAUAAUUCACCAACGGAAAUGAAUAAUUGCCGGCGCAUGGCCGAUAAACCGCCUUUGGUCAAACGCCUCACAAUGGGUAUGGGUCUGCUGCGCGGCACCGAAGACAGUCGACCGCUUGUACACACAGCCUCAUCCUCACUCAAUUCAGGCUCAUCGCAAACUAUCUCCGAUGGUUACGUGAACGAAGCGAUCUGUGAACCGGAGAAAAUGAUUACCAACAAGUUCGGCGAUUCUUGUCGGCAAUCUUUGACCGCACUGCCAACGCACGAAGCAGCGCAUAUCGGCCUACAAGAGCACACCGAAUUUAGCUAUAAGAAGAAAUAUUUGCGAGAGACGUGCAGUGCCAACUCCAGCCCAAAGAUGUUUGCGCCUAGCGCGCCGCUACGACUCGACAAUCUCAGCCUGGCAGAGCAACACGAGCUAAAGGGCGCCGCAUGGUUUCAAGCCGGUAUCCCGCGUGAGAUCUCGCUAGAGGUGUUGUCGCGGCAAAGUCCCGGCGCAUUUUUGGUGCGACAGAGUAGCACAAAACCCGGCUGUUUUGCAUUGUCGUUACGCGUGCCACCGCCCGCGCCCAAAGUGGCACACUACCUGAUACUGCGUACGCCGCGUGGCUAUAAAAUCAAGGGCUUCACCAAGGAGUUCUCAUCGCUGCGUGCGCUCAUCACUCACCAUUCGGUUAUGCCGGAGCUGCUGCCAGUACCCUUGACCUUGCCACGUCCCACAAAUAUGGGCGCAGGAGCGCCGGGCAGCCGACAUGGCUCACGAGGCAGUGAAUUGGAUGGCUGUGAUGAUUUCGAUACUUAUGGAUCACUUAACGAUUUUCGCAAAAUGAUGGCCGACCUGAAUGUAUGACUUUGGAGUGGCGCAGGAAAUGAGGGCAAGGAGCUGAGGGAGGCACGUAAACGUGGCGGUGCAGUAAUGGAAACAGCGACAGCAGCGGCAGCAGCAGCAACAGCAGGAACAACAGCAACAGCAGCAUUAACAAGUUGACAACAAAUAUGGUGUUUGAGGAGCUUUUGGUGUGAGCGAAGCUAAUAAAUGAUGCAGAAUAGAGCGCAAUGGAAGGAUCGGUUACAACAAAUAAAUUAGAGACGAGCAGCAUUGAAGAAACAAAUGAAGGCAAACGAGGCGGGCAGCAUAACCACCAACACAGCCUUUGCGAAGCCAGUGAAGUCCUAAGGACUCAUGUUGCAGCAAUUGCGAGAACUUACAUACAUAUAUUUUAAUUGCGCAACAAGUAUGUUAACAAGCUCAUCAAGCAAAAGCUAUCAGCAACGCAGUAACACGCAGAACCUACAACAACGCUAUGUACAGACAGUUAAUGGGCAACCUUUGGCAGUGAGAAGUGUAGCAGAGAACAACAAAAAUGCAAUAAAUAAAAUACAAGUACUAGUUAAGACAGCAAAUGUGGCUUUUGUUGCAUGCAAUGACAGUGACAAUGGCAAUGACAGUCUUAGUAGGUAGCAAAUGUUAAGCUAGCGAACACCUCAGCAUCUCUCCGAUACACCAACAACAUCAAAGUCCGUAUAACCAUUGCAAAGGUGAUAUUCACACUGAACAGUUAAAAUGCUGGUUAAUUAAUUAACACUGACAAGUGAUACAGGGAGAGCAAGAAUAGCAGAGAUGGUGACAGCAACAAAAUGUACGCCGCACAAAAUUCCAACUACAGCAGUCAAGCAAUAUGCAGCCAUCCACUCAUGCGUUUGCUAUUUUGGUAAAACUAUCGACUAGAUGUGCAAAACCCAACCAACUUCAUACAUCCUCGUAUACCUACUAACAUCUCCCACUCAGCAUAUAGGCCACCGAAGCAUCUUGAAAUUUCAGUAAAUGCAUGAGGUUUAGUAGCAUUGCAACAACAGUGCUACCACCAUCAUCAACCGUAUUGCAGCGUCUGUCGUCAGGUGACUGGCUGACACUGGGACUUUAGUGGCUUCUGUUGAUUAAGCUCAGUUGUAAUUAUUUUAAUUGGGCAACAAAUGCAAUGGAAAUGUGCAUGUAGGUACAUAUGUAUAUGUAUGUCAGUGUUGCCAUUUUCGUAGAAUUUUUAUUCAAAACUGAAAAACACCAGAAGAUUUUUUGAAUCUAAUAAGGCUGAUGCCGUAUCAAUUGGCACAAAUUAUAACGACAAAGUUGGGCGUUAAAAAUAGCUCUGCCUUUUUAAGCGGCUUUUUUUUAAAGGGCACAACUUUUUCGUCAUUUCAAUGCCUAGUGAAAAUUCGUCGUAACAUCCUUUAAAUAAAAGCCAAUGUAAAAAGAUAUAACUUUUCAACCAAAUAAUUUUCAUAUACCUAAAACUUGAUUCGAAUUAUUGGGACCAUCAUUAAAUAGGAUUCAGAUGAAGAGAGCGUUGAAAAAUUUCAAUUGAGAAAAGCUUGUAGUUUUUUUAAGGCAUGUUCACAAUGCCUACCUCCGAAAAACUUCACCGACUGUUGGAAUGAAAACUAAUUCAAAUGAUCUCAAUUGGAUUUUUUUUUUUUUAAGUAAAUUCAGCACCAUUAAGGAAGGAUAUGAAGCAACGCAAACGAAGCGCUCUUAAUUUUUGCGUGUGAUUCGGCUUUGUCAUAAUGGAGCACAACAUUUUUCUGUUUACCAAUUUUUGUCGGUUAUUUAAUCGGUCUAAAUAACUUUUCACAGUAGAGAGGGGAAUCAAUUUUGGUCAGAGGGUAGCUUAGGUUAAUCUGGCCGGCGUUGAGCCGCACACCGGUAGGUCAUUAGCAUUACCAGUUGGAGCUCGUUUUUACGCGUUAAAGUAAAUAUCACAAAGGAUGUCAACGCUUUUUGCGAAUUUAAGUAGAAAUUUCAGCUCUACUUUAGAGAUUUCCUCUAACUUCCCGAAUUGUUUUUGACAGUGCAGGAUAUCGGCAGAGAAGAUGCUCCAAGGUUUUCCUGGUCUCCCG